AUGAAACAACGGUUCUCAUCCUUAGAUGUCAGGGUUAUUGCACACGAGCUUGCCGAAGCGCUCGUGUCGCUGCGCCUGUCGAACAUCUACGACCUCAACUCGAAACUACUCCUCCUCAAGUUCGCGAAGCCGGACAAUCGACAGCAGCUCCUCAUCGAGUCUGGUUUUCGCUGCCACUUGACCGAUUUUGCCCGUGCGGCCGCUCCAGCCCCGAGCCAGUUUGUCUCGCGCCUGCGCAAGUUCCUCAAGACCCGCCGCGUUACGGGAGUUUCCCAGAUCGGCACCGACCGGAUCAUCGAGUUCCAGUUCAGCAAUGGAGCAUACCGGCUAUACCUCGAGUUCUUUGCAAGUGGCAACGUCAUCCUGACCGACGCCGAUCUCAAGAUUCUCGCGCUGCUGCGGAAUGUGCCCCAAGGCGAAGGCCAGGAGCCCCAACGGGUGGGCCUGACCUAUACGCUGGAAAACAGACAGAAUUUUGGAGGUGUCCCAGCGUUGACCAAGGAACGCCUUCGGGGUGCUCUCAAGACGGCCUCGGAACAGGCGGCUACGAAAAAGGCGAAGAGGAAGGGGUCGGACGAGCUGAGAAGGGGGCUGGCCACCACGAUUACCGAGCUGCCGCCGGUACUUGUCGACCAUGUCUUCCGCCUCACAAGCUUCGAUCCCACCACGAAACCGGCCGAUAUUCUGGAAAACGAGGCGCUGCUCGACGCUCUGUUCCAGUCGCUGGAAAAGGCGCGCUCCAUUUUGGACGAGGUCACGAGUUCGCCGAGUGCGAGGGGAUACAUCAUUGCGAAACGUAAUCCGCGCGCGGCAGACCAAGUUGCGGAUGGAGAGGAGACCACGAAGGAGAAAGCGCAGAAUCUUCUUUACGAGGAUUUCCAGCCAUUCCUGCCAAAGCAGUUUGAGGACGACCCGACAUGCCAGGUGCUGUCUUUUGACGGCUUCAGCAAAACUGUCGAUGAGUUCUUCUCCUCGCUCGAGGGGCAGAAACUCGAGUCACGCCUGCAGGAGCGUGAAGCAACCGCCAAGCGAAAACUGGAGGCCGCCCGCCGGGAUCAGGCCCAGCGCAUCGAAGGGCUUCAGGAGGCUCAGCUACUGAAUUUGCGCAAGGCUGCCGCUAUCGAGGCCAAUGUGGAACGGGUCCAGGAAGCGAUGGAUGCCGUCAAUGGCCUGCUGCAGCAGGGCAUGGACUGGGUGGACAUCAACAAGCUGGUCGAGCGGGAACAGAGGCUCCACAACCCUGUGGCUGAGAUCAUCAAGUUGCCGAUGAGGCUUGAGGAAAGCAUCAUUACUCUCCUCCUUGGCGAGGAGGAAGAGGAGGCCGAAGCCGAGGCGAACAUGGAUUUUGACUACGACACGGACGAGGAAGCGGCGGAGGAGACUGCGGCGGGCAAGGCCAAAGGUCCAGAUAAGCGGUUGGCCAUCGAUAUCAACCUCAAACUCAGUCCGUGGAACAAUGCCCGGGAGUAUUACGAACAAAAGCGCACGGCGGCCGACAAACAGCAGAAGACAAUCCAGCAAUCGGAAAUCGCUCUCAGGAACGCCGAAAAGAAGAUAUCCGAAGACCUCAAGAAGGGGCUCAAGCAGGAGAAGCCGGUGCUGCAGCUCAUCAGGAAGCAGAUGUGGUUUGAGAAGUUUCUCUGGUUCAUCUCAUCGGACGGUUAUCUCGUGCUGGGAGGGCGGGAUGCGCAGCAGAACGAGAUCCUUUACAAGCGGUACUUGAGGAAAGGCGACGUUUAUGUCCACGCCGACAUGCACGGUGCCCCGUCCGUCAUUAUCAAGAACAAUCCGAAGACGCCUGACGCGCCCAUCCCGCCGUCAACUUUGGCACAAGCCGGCAGCCUGUCGGUGUGCUGCUCGAGCGCGUGGGACUCGAAGGCAGUGAUGGGUGCCUGGUGGGUGAAUGCCGACCAGGUCUCCAAGUCGGCCCCAACUGGCGAGUACCUCCCGGCCGGCUCAUUCAUGGUCCGAGGGAAGCGCAACGCGCUGCCGCCGGCGCUGCUGACGCUAGGCUUCGGGCUGAUGUUCAAGAUCUCCGAGGACAGUAAAUCAAAGCACGUCAAGCAUAGGCUGUACGAUUCUGCCGAUGUCAGCACCACUGGUGCGGCUUCAGUGAGCACACCCACCGAGGCCAAGGACGACACCACGUCCCGGCUGGAGUCUCUCGCCGAGAGUAGUGAUGAGGAAGAGGUUGAAGACGAUCGGGAAGCGCGAGUAAAUCCUCUCCAGUCCAGUGCAGCAGAACAAGAGGAGGCUUCCGGACCCAUCUCGGAAUCGGAUGUUACGCCACCAAGGGAAGAGCUGGCCAGUCUCGAAGCCACCGCGGAGCGCCCUACAACCGCGGAGCCUCAGGAAGAACCCAGCCCCCCGGGCACCGAAGAUGCAGAAGCUGAAGAAGAGGCCGACGCUUCACCCGCCCCCUCUUUGCCCACCACAACCCCUUCGACUCGGCCGGAGACCCCCUCCACCACCUCCCAACCUCAGAAAUCACAACAGCAAAAGAAACAACAACCGCCCAAGCGCGGCCAGCGCAGCAAAGCCAAGAAGAUCGCCACCAAAUACAAAUACCAAGACGAGGAAGACCGCGCCCUGAUGGAAGAGCUCCUCGGCGUCGCCGCGGCGCGCCAGAAGGCCGAAGCCGAGGCGGCGGCCCGGGCCAAGCGCGAAGCCGAGGCCGCGGCCGCGCUCGAGCGCCGCCGGCAGGCGCAGGAGCGCGCCAAGCAGCAGAUCGCCGCGCACGAGGAGGCGCGCCGGCGGGCGAUGCUCGAGGGGGAGGACGUGCUGGAUGACGAUGACGACCCUGCCGCCGGGGCCGGGGCCGGGGCCGGGGCCGGGGCCGGGGCGCUGGGCCCGCUGGACGCGCUGGUGGGCGCGCCGCUGCCGGGCGACGAGAUCCUGGAGGUGGUGCCCGUGUGCGCGCCGUGGAACGCGCUGGGCAGGGUGAAGUACAAGGCCAAGCUGCAGCCGGGGCACGUGAAGAAGGGAAAGGCGGUGAAGGAGAUUGUCGAGCGGUGGAGGCUGGCCGCGGGGAAGAAAGGGGUCGUGGAUGAGCGGGCGCAGGACGUGGAGAAGAUGUGGCCCCGGGAGGUGGAGCUGAUCAAGGGCCUGAAGGUCGAGGAGGCGUUCAAUGUCGUGCCGGUGAGCAAGGUCACGGUCAUGAUGUCUGGCGGCACGGCGGGCGGCGGUGGGUCCGGGGGAAAGGGAGGUGGGAAGGGGGGUAGCGGCGGCGGCGGCGGUGGUGGUGGGCAGAAGGGCGGGAAGGGGAAGGCGGGCAAGAAAAAGUAG